AUAGCAGUCUUGUAAUGCAAUAGUAAAGUUCGAACCAGGCUUCACUAUGGGAUUGAUUUUAUUAUUUGUAUUGAGUUUUUGUGCCAGUGCGGUGUUCGCGAAUGACGAUAAAAUAGUAGUCUGCUACUAUGGCACAUGGGCGACAUACCGGACUGGCUUGGGCAAGUUCGACGUAGACGACAUCGACCCAUUCCUCUGCACGCAUCUGGUGUAUGCCUUCAUCGGUGUUAACGCUGAAGGAACAGUUUUGGCGCUUGAUCCUGAACUUGAUGUUGAAGGAGGUAACUUCGAGAACUUCACUUCGUUGAAAGAAACGAACCCGAACCUCAAAACGCUUGUAGUUGUCGGAGGAUCGAGAGAAGGGUCAGCUAAUUUCUCUAUUUUGGCAGCAGAACCAGAAUAUCGGCAGAACUUCAUCAACACCUCUCUGGCAAUAAUACUAGAGUACAAUUUCGAUGGUCUGGACGUAAACUGGGUGUACCCCAAUCGCAGAGACACGGUGCAUGGUGAAGACGACAUUGAGAACUUCAGCACUCUCCUUAAGGAGUUGAGGGAGGAAUUCGAUAAUUACGGUCUACUGCUGACAGUCUCUGUAUCUGCUGUGGAGGAAGCUGCUGUGCAGUCCUAUGAUGUUCCAAGUGUUGCCCAGUACGUAGACUACAUUGGCGUCAUGACGUAUGACAUGCACGGCCCCUGGGACUCCGUGACCGGCCACAACGCGCCUCUGUUCAGAAGUGAAGGCCAGAGUGCUGAAAACGAAAGCACUCUGUACAACGUCAAUAACGCUGUCCAGUAUUGGCUUAGUGCAGGAUGUCCUCCCGAGAAGUUAGUUAUGGGGGUUCCAUUCUACGGGCGCACUUUCAACCUGAGUGACCCUUCAGUUAACGCUCCAAAUUCACCUUCCAACGGAGCUGGUCUCACCGGUCCUUACACUGCUGAAAGUGGACAUAUCGGGUAUAAUGAGUUCUGCUACAUCCUCCAGAACGAGUCUUCUUGGACCGUCCAAACCGACAACCUUGCCAAAGUGCCUUACGCCUUCCUCGACUACAACUGGGUAUCUUUCGAUAACGUUGAGUCCAUGACCGCCAAAGUGGAGUACGCCAACAGCUUCAACCUUGGCGGCAUCAUGCUCUGGAGUAUCGAGACUGAUGACUUCCACGGCCUCUGUGGAGAGGGAACAUUCCCUCUGCUGAACACCAUCAACACAGUUCUAGCUGAAGGCUCAACAGGUACGACAUCCGAACAAGAUUUUUCAACAGAUGUGACAAUAGAUUUUGAUUGAUCAAAUAGUAGUUUUACUACAACUCCUACACCCGCUGUAUUUUUAUUAUUAAAUUAUUUUAUAUUACUUUGAAGUUUUGAACUAAUAAUUUAAUGUGAUAACUUAUACUUUUUUGUAAGAAUACGGGUUAGCUGUGAUGAGAAAUUUUAAAUAUUAACCCUGUGCGAUUACAAAAGUACAGUCCGUGUAGUCUGCGACUGUGCUUAACGAAAUAGCUAAAUUAUUACUAAAAUAUUUAUUUACCAUAUUUUUUAUAAGUAUAAUAAUAUUAUAAAAUAUUAUGUUUUACAAUAACCUGUCAGGCACACAACUUGUUCCUAGUUGCAACCGCGGUAUGUGUAACCCGAUAGAAAGUAAAAUAUUAAUUUAUAUCCUUCUUAUUGUAUUAACUUAAACUUAUUUAAAAUAAAAAGUUUGUACCUAUUUUCGUA